AUGCUUGCCUAUGGAAUUGGGGCAGAUACUAUGGAUGAUUAUCUUAGAAUUGGUGAAACCACUACAAUUGAAGCUAUGAGAAGGUUUGUCCAAGCCGUUAUUGAUGUAUUUGGCGCUGAAUACUUAAGAAGACCAACUUCUGAUGAUAUUUCCAGAUUGCUAUUGAUUGGCCGAGCCCUUCCAGUCACUUAUAAGAUCAAUGAUCAUGAAUAUACAAUGGGAUAUUAUCUAGUAGAUAGCACAUAUCCUUCAUGGGCCACUUUUGUCAAAACCAUUCCAUGUCCACAAGGAGAAAAAGCAAAGAUUUUUGCUCAAGCUCAAGAGGGAUGUCAGAAAGAUGUAGAACGAGCAUUUGGAGUCCUUCAAGCACGUUUUGCAAUUGUUCGCGCACCGGCUCAUUGUUGGGAUAGUGAAAUACUUCAAAAGAUCAUGAAAGCAUGUGUUAUAAUGCACAACAUGAUUAUUGAAGAUGAACGUGCUGAAUGCAUUGCUUAA